AUGGCCGACUACUCAUCUUGGAAGGUGGCUGAUCUGAAGGCCGAGUUGAAGCGGCGUGGAAUUUCCCAGACUGGUCUUCGCCUCAAGCAACAUUUUAUCGACAAACUCGCAGAGGAAGACACUCAAGCUCCGACCGGCGAUGCAGCUAAAGCUUCACCCGAAGCCGCCGCUGCCGAGGAGGAGGAGCAAGAGCAGCAGCAGCAGCAGCAGCAGCAGCAGCAGGAAGCGGCGUCGGACGUAGCUCAACCAGCAGCAGAGACUGAACCGCAACCCCACGAAGAAAAAGAAGCGCCCAGCCAAGAACCACCCGCACCGAAAGAACCAUCCCCCGAGGAACCGGAGCCCGCGAAGACGCAAGACGAGCCAUUGGAGAAACCAGCUACGGCUGAAGACGAUGCGCAAAAAGUAGAGCCAGUGCAAAAACCCGAGUCAGCAGUCGGUCAGGAGAAACCAGGUGAAGCCGAGCCGGAACCCGCACCUGCGCCCGCCGGGGUCGCUCCUUCCCAGGCUGAACCCGCCGAGCGGGCAGAGUCAGCUGAAGCAGGCGACAAGCGCGUCCCACCAGCAGCCUCAGCCUCCGCUGCCAAUACGGAAAUGUCAACUCCUGUACCCGUCGAAGAGGCCCUCGAGGAUAAACGGAAGCGCAAACGCCGCAGUCAGAGCCCCGUCCCGACCCAAGAGGCAAUCGCAAAUAAGAAAGCUCGAGCCAAGGAGGAAGUUGUCCUGAAAGACGAUGUGAUGAACGACGCGCCCCUGGAGGAACAGAAACCUGAAGAAGAGAAACCUGAAGAAGAGAAACCUGAAGAACAGAAACCAUCUGUCCCUCUCCCUACCUCGGCCCCCAAGCCUCCCACUUCGAUCAAGCAAGACGCACGCUUCCGCGGUCUGUUCAAGUCCACCGAAGAAGUACCGCCAACGGAUACAGUGAUGGAUGACACGGAAGUUGAGCCCGCCUUGCACGCUGUGACCACAGCCCUCUACAUUGAUGGGCUGAUGCGUCCUUUGCAGCCCGUUGCGCUUCGCAAGCAUAUCGUCGGCAUUGCUUCGGGUGCCGGUGCGUCACCGAAUGCCGAUAUCGUCCAGGAGUUCUAUCUCGAUCCCAUCAAAACACACUGCUUUGUUCGUCUUAGCGAUACCACCGCCGCGUCACGGGUCCGCUCCGCUAUGCAUGGGAAGGUAUGGCCCAAAGAGCGCAAUCGCAAGGUUCUGUUUGCCGAUUUCGUUCCCGAUGACAAGAUCGAAGAAUGGAUCAAGACUGAGCGGGAAUCGCGAGAUCGCGCUGGACCUCCCGUGCGCUGGGAAGUCCGAUACGACACUACUGAUGAAGAGACCACCGCUACCUUGACCGAAGUCGGGCCCAAUUCACGCUCCGCCCCGAACAAACCUAAGGAGUCUCCGUUCAGCAGCACACCACCACUGGGUCCUCGUGGAAGUGUCCAGGCGGAUCGUCGACCCUCCAACGCCCCACCAGUACCUCCGUCGCGACCUGGACAAGGCUUCAAGCCAUUGGACGAACUUUUCAAGUCGACGACGGCCAAACCCAAGCUUUACUAUCAGCCAGUUUCUCGCAGUGUUGCCGACAAGCGGCUGGAUCAGUUUGACGAGCUGCUCCGCAAGGGCACGUUCCCCCGCCGCGGUGGUGAUGAAAGGCGCCGGAUCACCUUUGAGGACGAUGAUUACUUUGUCGAUAUCGGACCUGAGUACGGCCGUGCAGCUCUUCAGCGACGCCAGGACCGUGGGGGACGACCGGGAGGUUCGUGGCGCGGACGUAGAUAUUGA